AUGUCUACAGCACUAGCAGUGUACCUUAUUUUGCAAAAACUAGAAGCUCUCAAAGAUAAAGAAGUUAAUAAUCCAAGAUUGAAGUGCCAAAUAGAGAAUACCAAGGAGACAUUGGGAAGUGUUCAGAAGUUGCUGACAAACAGCCAGAAAAAUAUCAGUGAUGAAAAUUUGGAGAGGAACCCUCUGAAGGAGAUUUACUCACUAGAGGACACGAUUGAUACCUUCUUUGUAAAAACGACAUUGCAGAAACAAAAAAUUUCUGGUAAAGUACGUGUUUUCAGCCAAUUCAUGCCCGUGCAGAGCCAAAUUCUAGUUCGAAGAAUGCGGUCACUGACAGAGGAGAUUGACAAACGCAUUAUCGAAUAUAAAGAAAGACAAUCUGUAGAAAAUAAAGAUGAGGGUGCACAAGAAAGCAAUACUGAUGAUCAAAAAGAAAGCAAUGAUGUUGAUCAAAAAGAGGUUGCAGCAGACAAAGAAAGCAUGCAAAAUGAAACACUAACUGAUUCAGCUGAAGCUGGAAUAAUUUCAAAAGCAGCACAAGAAAGCAAUGAUGUUGAUCAAAAAGAGGUUGCAGCAGACAAAGAAAGCAUGCAAAAUGAAACACUAACUGAUUCAGCUGAAGCUGGAAUAAUUUCAAAAGCAGCACAAGAAAGCAAUGAUGUUGAUCAAAAAGAGGUUGCAGCAGACAAAGAAAGCAUGCAAAAUGAAACACUAACUGAUUCAGCUGAAGCUGGAAUAAUUUCAAAAGCAGCACAAGAAAGCAAUGAUGUUGAUCAAAAAGAGAUUGCAGCAGACAAAGAAAGCAUGCAAAAUAAAACACCAACCGAUUCAGCUGAAGCUGGAGCAAUUUCAAAAGAAAGACGAGCACCACCCCAGCAAUUGGGCACAAUUGCAGAUCGUUCAGAUGACGAAUCAGAGUUCGUUGGGCGAGAAAGCGAAGCAGAAAAGUUAGAACAAGCUAUACUUAACCGCCGUAAAUUGCGUUUUCUUAUUUCGGUGGUGGGUGCUGCUGGAUCUGGCAAGACAUCAUUUGUGAGGAAUAUUUAUAACAAAGCCAAUGUUGUGCAGCAUUUUCAACUACGUGCUUGGGUUAAUUUGUCUGAAGAGUUCCCAGAAUCAGUUGCUUCUGAUGCUGUUGAGCAGAAAAUGAAAAAUCUUAUAAUUGACAUAUUGAAGCUAGUUACAACAAUCAAAGAUGAGGAGAAGUUGCAACCUGAUAAAUUGGAAGAGAAGGCCCGUGAUUUCUUUUUUCGCAAGAGGUACCUAAUAGUCUUAGAUGAUGUCAAGACUGAUGUUAUGUGGGAGAACCUCAAACGAACAUUUCCAAACUCAUUAAAUGGCAGCAGGCUGAUUUUCAUCACUCGCGACAAAAAAAUAGCAGAAUUGAUGAACGAUCAAGGAUCCACUCCUAUUGAGCUACCCAAUUUAGACAUUGAUCAAAGCUGGAAAUUGUUCUUGAAGAAAGUACCAAAAACUGAAGAAAGCUUAGUUGAUGCAUCAUUAAAGGAGCUAAUAUGGCAAAAAUGCAGUGGUUUGCCUCUUGCAAUUGUUGUGCUGGGAGGUCUUUUAUCUACCAAAGAUACAGGGAGUUGGAAGGAUAGAGUUGAGCGUUUAAGUUUUGGUGAUGACCCCUCCAAAGCUAUAUUAGCUUUGGCCUACCAGGAACUUCCAUCAGCCCUAAAGCUAUGUCUACUUUAUUUAGGCAUUUUCCCGAAAGAAUAUGUGAUCCCCGUACGGAGGUUGUUCCAUUUGUGGGCUGCUGAAGGACUGGUCAAUGAAUCAUUAGAAGGCAAAACCCCUGAAGAAUUGGAGGAUGCAUCAGUAAAAGGUAAAACCCCUGAAGAAUUGGUUGAGCGUUAUUUGAAUGCACUGAUCACAAGGAACAUGAUAGAAGUUGCAAGAUGGAGAUUGGAUGGAAGUCCCAGAACAUGUCGUGUGCCAGGUAUCCUAUAUGAUAAUGUGUUCCCAAAUGCGACAGACAGUGGAUUUUAUGAUGUUAUUCGUAGCUCAAAAUAUCAGCAAACCUAUAGUAUAAGGAGAGUUGCCGCAUAUGUAGACAUCAGUAGCUCUCCAUUAGACAUUGAUAAUUUACGUUCUUAUAUAUCUUUUAACACCCGAAAAGGCGAUACACCUGCAGAUGAAGUUGAUAAGUUUCUAACCAUGAUGAUUAGAAAACGAGGCUUUUCAUUGCUUACAGUACUUGAUCUAGAAAAUGUCUAUAAACCAGUUUUAUCUGAUCAAGCAAUAGGAAAACUCGUACAUUUGACUUACCUAGGCUUAAGAUGGACUUUUCUAGAUUCAAUCCCAAAUUCUGUUGGUGAUCUUCCUAAUUUGGAAAUACUGGAUGUGAAGCACACAAACAUAAACUCCUUGCCUAUUUCUAUUUGGAACUCAAAGAAGCUUCGACAUCUUUAUAUGAACGAAAUAUAUUUAAAUGUGUCCUUCCAAAAGCCAUUAGGUAGUGGUUCCUUGGGCAACCUAUUGACUUUGUGGGGGUUAAUAAUAGGCAAAAAAAGCCCUGGAGAAGACUGGUUGAAUAGUUUCAACCUAUUGACUUUGUGGGGGUUAAUAAUAGGCAAAAAAAGCCCUGGAGAAGACUGGUUGAAUAGUUUGGUUCGUCUAAUGAAACUCGGACUCACAUUCCAUUUCAAAUCACUUGAGCAGAUAAGUCCUUGGAUUUCUAAGUGUAAAGAACUUAGAUCUUUGAAGCUAAGGUCUAUAGAUGAAUUUAGCAGGCCUUCAGAACUCAAGUUGGAGAGCAUGAACAAACAUGAUCGUCUUUCAGAAUUGUAUCUGCUUGGAAAAUUAUCACAGAAAAUUGAACACCUUCAGCUUCCCAAAAAUCUCAAGAUGGUUACUCUAUCCGUGUCAAAUUUAACCGAGGAUCCAAUGCAAACUCUAGGGGAACUACCUCAACUGAAAAUCCUGAGACUUUUUGCUCGCUCCUACAUAGGGAAGGAGAUGACUUGUAAAGCUAAAGGGUUUCCAGAACUCCGAGUCUUGAAACUGUGGAUGCUAGAGGAAUUGGAGAAGUGGAUUGUGCAGGAAGGUUCCAUGCUUCGCCUUAGAGAACUAGAAAUUAGACGCUGCGAUAAACUGAAGGAAACUAGUGGUUGGCAGCAGCUGAACUCCUUGAAGGAAUUGAUUCUCACGAAUAUGUCUGAAGAUUUUGUAGCAGAAAUGGAAAGCACCAUGAAGGAGAGGAAUGUGAAGAUUACAAAAAACAAUUGGAAGUUCGAUCCUCUGCCAAGCUAUCUGUCAGAAGGACAAUCUUAAAUGCAAAAGUGAUAAGACAGCCAAAUGGAAGUGUGCUUAUAAUUGGAAAUUAAUGUUAAAUAAGAGAAAUGGGGAUUUCUUUCUCAACUGGUAAAUUUAAAAUGAUGGACAAUUUCUAAUUGCUUGUUUUUUAUUGCUCCAUUUGUGAUUGUAUUUUUCUAAUUAUUCUGUCUUCCAGUUGUUGUAAUUAUAAAAGUGUGUUUCUGUUGUAA